AUGGCAAAGUACACACUCACCCUGUUUUUAUGCUUUUUAAUUUUGACGAGCCAUUGCAGGCUAAAAGAUUUGGUUGAUAAUCCUCAACAACAUAGGGAUAGAAGAAAAAAGUUGUGAUAAUUGUAUUAUUUUAGUAAUUUGAGAUCAAAUACCUAGAAGGAGAAUUUAUUGCAGUUUGAUUAAUAUCAACGAAGCUUUCUAAUUUCUGAGAACGUCCGUAGUGCCAAUGAAUAAGAGGUAGAAGUCACAAAGGAAAAAUUAUUUGCUAACUAAGAAGCUAUUAAAAAUUUAGAAGAUAAAAGAGAAAAUAAUGUUAACAGAGAAGUUGAUAAUGAAUUCAAAAACAAUGCGGAUUAAGCAUAGUCAUAAAAUAAUAAUAGUAAAUUUGAUUAAUCAAAAUAAUAAUAAUAAUACUAUUAGUAGGAAAAUCAAGUUUAAGAUUUAGAUAAUAAAGAAGGAUAAACAUUACAUAGAGAAGAAUAAGAUAGCGAACAUAAUAUUAAACGAAUAAACAAAAACUAUGCUAUGUAAGAUUAGUAAGAUGGAGAAUAAGAUAAUAAUGAGGACGGGUAAGGACAAGAUGAAGAUACAAAAGAUGAUCCUCCUGCUGAUGAAAAUAAAGAAGAGCCACCGGCAGAAGAGCCUAAAGAAGAUCCCCCGGCUGAAGAGCCAAAGGAAGAUCCACCAGCUGAAGAACCAAAAGAAGAUCCCCCAGCUGAAGAACCGAAAGAAGAUCCCCCUGCUGAAGAGCCUAAGGAAGAACCACCUGCUGAAGAACCUAAAGAAGAUCCCCCGGCUGAAGAGCCUAAAGAAGAACCACCUGCUGAAGAUGCUAAAGAAGAACCACCUGCUGAAGAACCUAAAGAAGAUCCCCCGGCUGAAGAGCCUAAAGAAGAGCCACCAGCUGAAGAGCCUAAAGAAGAGCCACCUGCUGAAGAACCAAAAGAAGAUCCCCCGGCUGAAGAGACAAAGGAAGAACCACCAGCUGAAGAGCCUAAAGAAGAACCACCUGCAGAAGAACCUAAAGAAGAUCCGCCUGCUGAAGAGCCUAAGGAAGAUCCCCCAGCUGAAGAGCCUAAAGAAGAUCCCCCAGCUGAAGAGCCUAAAGAAGAACCACCAGCUGAAGAACCUAAAGAGGAACCACCUGCUGAAGAGACUAAAGAAGAGCCGCCAGCUGAAGAGACAAAAGAAGAACCACCUGCUGAAGAACCUAAAGAGGAGCCACCUGCAGAGGAAACUAAAGAAGAACCUCCUGCUGAAGAGCCUAAAGAAGAACCACCUGCAGAGGAAACUAAAGAAGAACCUCCUGCUGAAGAGACUAAAGAAGAACCACCUGCUGAAGAAACUAAAGAAGAACCACCAGCUGAAGAAGCUAAGGAAGAACCCCCUGCUGAAGAGACUAAAGAAGAGCCACCAGCUGAAGAGCCUAAAGAAGAGCCACCAGCUGAAGAGCCUAAAGAAGAGCCACCAGCUGAAGAACCUAAAGAAGAGCCACCAGCUGAAGAGACAAAGGAAGAACCUCCUGCUGAAGAGACUAAAGAAGAACCCCCUGCUGAAGAACCUAAAGAAGAACCACCUGCUGAAGAAACUAAAGAAGAACCACCAGCUGAAGAAGCUAAGGAAGAACCCCCUGCUGAAGAGACUAAAGAAGAACCCCCUGCUGAAGAACCUAAAGAAGAGCCACCAGCUGAAGAACCUAAAGAAGAGCCACCAGCUGAAGAGACAAAGGAAGAACCUCCUGCUGAAGAGACUAAAGAAGAACCCCCUGCUGAAGAACCUAAGGAAGAACCACCCGCUGAAGAAGAAAAAAAAUCAGAAGAGGAAACAAAGCCUGAAGAAGAGGCGAAACCAGAAGAAGAAGCUAAACCUGAAGAAGAAGCUAAAGCAGAAGAAGAGGCGAAACCAGAGGAAGAAGCUAAACCUGAAGAAGAAGCUAAGCCUGAAGAAGAGGCGAAACCUGAAGAAGAAGCUAAACCUGAAGAAGAAGCUAAAGCAGAAGAAGAGGCUAAACCUGAAGAAGAAGCUAAGCCUGAAGAAGAAGCUAAGCCAGAAGAAGAGGCUAAACCUGAAGAAGAAGCUAAGCCUGAAGAAGAAGCUAAGCCAGAGGAAGAAGCUAAACCUGAAGAAGAAACAAAAGCAGAAGAAGAAACUAAAGCGGAAGAAGAGGCUAAGCCUGAAGAAGAAGCUAAGCCAGAAGAAGAGGCUAAACCUGAAGAAGAAGCUAAGCCUGAAGAAGAAGCUAAGCCAGAGGAAGAAGCUAAACCUGAAGAAGAAACAAAAGCAGAAGAAGAAACUAAAGCGGAAGAAGAGGCUAAGCCUGAAGAAGAAGCUAAGCCAGAAGAAGAGGCUAAACCUGAAGAAGAAGCUAAGCCUGAAGAAGAAGCUAAGCCAGAGGAAGAAGCUAAACCUGAAGAAGAAACAAAAGCAGAAGAAGAAACUAAAGCGGAAGAAGAGGCUAAGCCUGAAGAAGAAGCUAAGCCAGAAGAAGAGGCUAAACCUGAAGAAGAAGCUAAGCCUGAAGAAGAAGCUAAGCCAGAGGAAGAAGCUAAACCUGAAGAAGAAACAAAAGCAGAAGAAGAAACUAAAGCGGAAGAAGAGGCUAAGCCUGAAGAAGAAGCUAAGCCAGAAGAAGAGGCUAAACCUGAAGAAGAAGCUAAGCCUGAAGAAGAAGCUAAGCCAGAGGAAGAAGCUAAACCUGAAGAAGAAACAAAAGCAGAAGAAGAAACUAAAGCGGAAGAAGAGGCUAAGCCUGAAGAAGAAGCUAAGCCAGAAGAAGAGGCUAAACCUGAAGAAGAAGCUAAGCCUGAAGAAGAAGCUAAGCCAGAGGAAGAAGCUAAACCUGAAGAAGAAACAAAAGCAGAAGAAGAAACUAAAGCGGAAGAAGAGGCUAAGCCUGAAGAAGAAGCUAAGCCAGAAGAAGAGGCUAAACCUGAAGAAGAAGCUAAGCCUGAAGAAGAAGCUAAGCCAGAAGAAGAGGCUAAACCUGAAGAAGAAGCUAAGCCUGAAGAAGAAGCUAAGCCAGAAGAAGAGGCUAAACCUGAAGAAGAGGCGAAACCAGAAGAAGAAGCUAAGCCAGAAGAAGAAGCUAAGCCAGAAGAAGAAGCUAAACCUGAAGAAGAAACAAAAGCAGAAGAAGAAACUAAAGAGGAAGAAGAAGCUAAGCCAGAAGAAGAGGCGAAACCUGAAGAAGAGACUAAGCCUGAAGAAGAAUCUAAGCCUGAAGAAGAGGCAAAACCUGAAGAAGAAGCGAAACCAGAAGAAGAAGCUAAACCUGAAGAAGAAGCUAAAGCAGAAGAAGAAGCGAAACCUGAAGAAGAAGCUAAGCCAGAAGAAGAGGCUAAACCUGAAGAAGAAGCUAAGCCUGAAGAAGAAGCUAAACCUGAAGAAGAAGCUAAGCCAGAGGAAGAAGCUAAACCUGAAGAAGAGGCAAAGCCAGAAGAGGAAGCGAAACCUGAAGAGGAAAAUAAGCCUGAAGAAGAAACAAAGCCAGAAGAAGAAGCUAAACCUGAAGAAGAAACAAAAGAAGAAGAAGCUAAACCUGAAGAAGAGAAGCAAGAAGAGGAGGGGAACUAAGAUGAUUCAUAAAGUGAACCGGCCUCUGAGCCAGAAUAAGAAAGUGAACCUGCCUCUGAGCCAGAAUAAGAAAGUGAACCAGCCUCAGAGCCAGCAUAAGAAAGUGAACCUGCUUCGGAUGGUGAUGAUGAUAAAGAUGCAGGGGAUUCUGAAAACGAAUCUAAAACAGAUGAAGAGAAAGAUGCAGGUAAAGAAGAGGACAAACAAGAAGAUAAAAAAGAUGAUGAAGAUGAUGAUAUGGCGUAACUAGCCCUAGCUCCAGAAGUUGAUUUAGCAAAACAGUAAGAAAAUGCAUCAGAAGGAGAUAAGUAGAUAUCACAAUUCGGGUAUUAAUUAGGAAUGUGGAUGGUAACCAUAUUCUAUUUGGCUUUAUGA